UCGUACGACAAAACUUCUACAUUCAUUUGCGAGAUGGACAGCGAAGAUGAAGCCACGUUUUUGUUUUCCCGGAAUGUUUAUUUCCAAUCAUUGAUGUUUCCCAACCCACCCAGAAAACGGCAAUCUGCUAAGGUUAUAUGGAAAGAUCGUUGCAUGCAUGGAGAAUUUCAUCAUCUUUAUCCCCAACUGUGUGAUGACGAAGAACUGUUUUUCGAGUAUGCUGCAAUAUCCAAAUCAACGUUCGAUUACACCUGCAAUGAAAUACGCGAUGAAUGCACCCACCAGGUCACCAACUUUAAACAACCGAUAAGCGUGGAAGAAAGACUGAUGUUAACCAUACAGUUUCUGGUGACUGGAAUUUCUUUUCGAAAAAUUUCGUUCACAUACAGGAUUUCAAGAACAGCGGUUGCAAACAUCGUGAUCGAAGUUUGUAAAGCCAUUUGGAAGAAGUUACACAACAAGCACAUGAAGUUUCCCAGUACAGAAGAUUUCAAAGCUAUUGCUGCCUCAUACAGUGAAAAGGGGAAAUUUCCGCAUUGCUGUGGGAGCAUCGACGGAAAGCAUAUCCGUGUGAAAAAGCCACGGAAAUCAGGAACCAUGUUUUACAACUAUAAAGGUUUUUUUCAAUUGUGCUCCUGGCUGUGUCUGAUUCAGAUUAUAAAUUCCGAAUCGUCGACGUGGGGGCAUACGGAAAAGACAGCGACGGAGGUGUGUUGAGUAACU